AUGCAGAAGGGAGUGACAUUUCAAGAACACAGUUUCGUUGGUAACGGAGUUUCACCUUCGAAUAGUAGUCUCGUUCGGCUACGAGUACUGACUGAAGAAGACAAAAUAUACGAUCUCACAUGUGCUUAUUCGCCAAAGAAUGUCUCCGUUGGGGCUUACUAUGACACGAUAAACUUCGUCGCUCUGCCAUUAAGGAACGAUUCUGUGCUGCCCACUUGCCAUUAUUCUCUUCGACUGAACACACUUGAUGGACAGCGAGUUCAAAAAGCCAUGAUUGGACAACUGGUGUAUCAUCGAUGGUCGUGUCCUUCGGAGGAGUUCGCCUUCAAAGUUUAUCGAUGCUACAUUCACAAUGGAUUACAUCAAUCGUACAUGAUUAUUAAUGAAAACGGGUGUCAUGUCGUCAGUCGACUAGCUGGAGUGCUGGUUGUGCACGAAGUCGCUCACAGAAUAGUUUGUUGA